GUUGGCUUUCAAUAGAUCAGAGUACUCUACGUCUCUAAAUGUCUCUUGUAGGUAAAUAAAGAGUUAAUCUCUUUGUAAAAUCUCUCUCUCUCGCCGAGAAUGAAAACAAAAAAUAAGAUCGAGAGGAUGGCCUCUCUUGCCGUCUCUGCUAAUGAAAUCACUCGAUCAGGUUCAAAAAGAAAUCUCCAUUGCUGGUCCCAACUUCCACUAGAUCUCCUUCGAUUGGUUUUCGAACGCCUUGGAUUUGCGGAUUUUGAACGAGCCAAAACUGUUUGUUCAUCAUGGCGAUCAGCUUCGAAAAUAUCUGAGCCAAAUAAUCAGAUCCCUUGGAUGAUUCUCUUUCCAAAGGACAAAAAUUACGGUCUCUUGUUCAAUCCUGAAGAAAAAGAAAAGCAAUACAAAACUCAAGAUCUUGGUGACGACUUUGGGAAGAGCUUUUGUGUGGCGACUUGUAGAAGCUGGCUUCUCAUGCUAGACGAUCGAGGUUACAUCAAGGAUGUCCCUCAAUAUAAUUUCUAUAUCUUACAUCUUUUAACACACGAGCGGAUUAAUAUACCGAGUUUUGAAUAUGGGAUCACCUCUCCGGUAUUAUGGGUAGACGAGAAAACCCAAGAUUACUUAAUUAUAGGAAUGUUUGGUGAAGUAAAUGCGAUUUCUUUCAAGAGAGGAGAUAACUCGUGGAAAAUAAUUCCGUUGUUAGGUAUUGACGAAUGUUUUAACAUGGUAUACAAAGAUCACAAACUUUUUUGUUUCAACUAUUUUAAACUCCGUAUUCACGAUUUCUCUAGAGAAAUUCUUUUGGAAAUUUUCAGAAUUAGCGUACGUGAAUGCCUACCAAGAUCAGUAGGUCUUGGCAUAAGACCUCUUGGAUCACGGGGUCUCCCAUAUUUACCUACCAUAAGGUAUAAUAUAGUAGUCACUGUACGAGGAGAUGUUUAUUUGUUGAGAGCCAACGUCCGCCUAGGUCCAAAAAGUGGACCUUUCAAAUCUACAAGAUGGAUUCAUCCAAGAAGACCAAAUGGGACAAAAUCGUUUCUUUGAAAGAUGAGGCUGAAAGAUGAGGCAAUUUUUUUGGAUUUAGGUAUUACAGUUCUUGCUAAAGAUUUGGAAGGAAUCACUAGAAAUUCGAUCUACUUCAAUGGUAAUCUUUCUGAAGAUAAUUAUCAAGAAAACGAUAUCUUCAUCUACAAUCUCGAUUCGAAGAAGGUGGAACGACCACAUAAAUUUGUUUUUUCCUCCCUUCCAUUUUCUACCGCACGUUGGUUCUUUCCAAGUUUUAAA